CAUCCUGCAAGGUUUGAAUUUGCAACAACAAACAUAUUGUUUUUAUUUACCAGCCGCCUUCAGAAUCAUCUGGUGAUUUUUUCUCGGAGCAUUAAAGUGAAAAUUAGCAGUUUUUGUACUUCAUAUUUGCCUCUCGACAUGAGCAAUAAGCCAGAGGAUGAAGACGAUGACUGGUUCAAUAAGGAUAUUGAUGAUUUUGUGGUGGACGUGAAAAAAUCGUCGGCUGAUAAGCAUAAUUCUGAUGACUCCGUAGAAUCAGGAACUUCGUUGUUGGAGACGUUGAAUAUCAAACCGAAACAGUUUUUUGAUGAUAUUGAUGGUAAUUAUUUCGAUCCGUUCCUGACUUCUUCUGUUGGGGCGUCCAGUAAAACAAAGUUCACUCUGCCAGAGGAAGGCGAUAAAUACGUUCAAAAGAUUCCGUUUUCUAAGCUGCUCAAUUUAUCAGAAAAUGAUUGCCGUGAGUUAUUUCUCGAUAUCUACAGUCAAAAAGAUCAAUUCAUUAAAACUAUCACCCAAACUACUGCCGGUGACGAGUUAUUACUGGUAACCAUGAAAAUCAUGAACAAAAUUGGUUCACUUCCGUUUUUUGAUAUCAACGAAGAGCUAUUUUCUCUAUUGGCCAAGCAUGAAGAUUUCUGGGAGAAUCAAAUGAAAUUUUUUAAGCGUAGUACCAAUCAGUUGGAAAGUAAGAAAAAGAAAGGUAAAGGUAAAUUACAGGGUGUCAGCACACUUGACAUGCUAGGAGCUGUCGGAAGGAUGAUUAUGAACAUUAGGAAGUUUGUUGGGGCAAAAAAACGACUGGUUACGUUUGUAGAAGAACUGAGCCAAGUGCUGACGAAGGCAAACGUGAAAGUAGAUGAACUAAAACAAACUGGAAACACCAAUAAUCUUAAAAACAUUAGUAUUUAUCCAACAUUGGAGGACUUGAAGGGAUCGGGUAUUGACGUUAAACCAAACAUAGUAAAUGGAAAGUUUCCAAACAUAGAACAUUAUCUGGAAGUUCAUCUUGGUUUACUGAAACAGGAUUUCAUGAUUCCACUCCGAGAAGGCAUCAAAGAUUUUCUUGAACACCACGAAGGCUCGUCGGUUGAUGAGUCCUACUACGGCGAUAACAUUCGGGUUCAUAAUGGCGUAAAACUGCUUCUACCAGCCAGUGUGAACCGUCGGUCCACUAAAGAAGCAUUGGUAAUGGUAGAUCUGGAUCCAAAUGAACGCUUGUUGAAUGGUAAAUCGCAACGGUACAAUAAACUAAGUCUGCAUAACUCAAAGCGUCUAAUGCACGGAUCAAUGGUUUGCUUUACGAGCAGCACCCGCUUCGAAGAUUUGAUUGUAGCCAUCGUCAGUCACCGGGAUAAUGAUCAGCUUUCGAACGGGUACAUUUACAUCGAGAUAGUAAAGGCGGAGAAUAUUCAAAAUAUCUUCAACCGGGAUAUGCUGAUGAUAGAGAGUGAAAUUUUUUUCGAACCGUAUCACCACGUAUUUAACAUGAUGAAGAAUCUAAAGGGAGAUAGUUUUCCCUUUAAAUCAUACAUCGUGGAUACUCAGCCACAACACCAGUAUCCAGAUUAUGUAGCGCGUGAUAGGAAUACCGUGUUCAGCCAUAAAGGUCAGCAGUACAACAUCAAAAUGCCAAGUGAAUGGCCAGAAAGUGGAGCUACGAUUGGUCUGAAUCCUUCUCAGUACAAAGCUUUUAAGUUAGCAUUAACGCACAAAUUUGCUCUCAUACAAGGUCCCCCCGGUACGGGGAAAACCUUCAUUGGGCAGGAGAUUGUGUCCGCGUUGCUGACCAACACUGAUCAUCAGAUUCUGCUGAUAUCACUCACCAACCAUGCGUUGGAUCAAUUCCUGUGCGGUGUGCUCAAAUUCUCAAACAGUUUGGUUCGGAUGGGAAGCCAGUCGAAACAUGCACUACUCGACAGUUACAAUGUGAAACAAUUGAAUGAGGAUGUUCUAAUCGAUAAACGACUGCGUACUUGCUACUACAACACCAAACAGGAGUAUCUUAAGCUGAUGGAAGAAUUCGAGGAGUUGCAAAAAGAAGGGAGCAAUGAGGAUAUACUCAAGUGUUUGAACCUGAUUCAGCAAACUUCUCGUCGGAUUCACGAGCUUAACCAAUUGUCAAACUACGAAUUUGUGAAGAACAUUCGGGUUAUUGGCAUGACUACUACAUUCGCUGCUAGGAAUCACACUUUGCUUCAGCUUCUGAAAACUCCUAUCGUACUGAUCGAGGAAGCAGCUGAAGUUCUGGAAUCUCACAUUGUCGCAUCGCUGACACCGGCCACGGAACACUGCAUUCUGAUAGGAGACCAUUUUCAGCUGCGACCGUCGACGAGCGUUUAUGCCCUAUCACGGCACUAUCAAAUGGACAUUUCGCUGUUCGAGCGGAUGAUCCGGAACAACGUCAAUUCGGUAUUACUACGAGAACAGCAUCGGAUGCGGCCUGAAAUUGCAGACCUGAUACGGCCUGCCAUUUACAGCGAUCUUGCCGACAGUGAGAAUGUUCGAAAUAGGCCAAAAAUAAGAGGCAUGAAAAAGAAUCUGUUCUUCUACACACACAUUGUUCCCGAGGAUGGCGGUCGCGAUGAAGAGAAAUCCAAGAAGAAUAGCUACGAAAGUAAAUUCCUGUUGGGGCUGUGCGAGUAUUUAGUUGCUCAAGGCUACGGACCAGAUGACAUAGUUAUUCUAACGUCGUAUAACGGUCAAAUGUUGCAUCUGGUUCAGGAGCGAAAAGGUCACGAAAAGCUGCACGGCAUUCGUAUAACCGUAGUGGACAAUUACCAGGGCGAGGAAGCAAAAAUCGUAUUGCUAUCGCUGGUUCGUAGUAACGAUACAGAUUCCAUUGGGUUUCUGGCGCUUCGGAAUCGCAUCUGUGUAGCACUUUCACGGGCCCGCGACGGACUGUACAUGGUCGGUAACAUGGAUCUACUGGCAAAGUGCAGUUCACUGUGGCAACGGAUUAGGGAGAGACUAGAAGAACACGACGCUAUCGGGAACGUGUUAGAGCUUAUGUGCGAAGAACAUAUGAGUAUUAUGCAGGUUGCAAAACCGGAGGAUUUUGAAAAAUUCAGUUUCGGUGGUUGUCAGGACAUGUGUCGAGCGACCAAAGAUUGUGGCCAUCAGUGUGACAGUUUUUGUCACGGAGUAAUGUAUCCGCAUCGGGUAUGUCUGUGUAAUCAGAAUGAGAAGGAUGGUUUCUACUAGCUUAUGCCAGGAAAAAUGUUCUUUCUAGCAGUUUUACUUACACACUGAGGAUUUUAGUAUUUUUACGAAGGUAGUAGACGUAAAAUCGCACAGAUUUUUUAUUAUUCUAACGUACUUUAGUGACUCCAAUCUAAUCAAAAUGUAUGCGAAACAGUUGAAAUAUUUUGUGAACUAUUUUAUCGCCGCGUUAGGCAGUGCGUCCAUACUAAUCGCGUGGAAUUGGAAUUAGUUGUCUUCACAAGAGAUCUGCAUGUAUGAUUCCUGUAAUCUCGAGCCCAUAAAAUAAUUUAUUCACCAUUCA